AUGUGCCACUUUCAGGUCUCCUCACACUGCUGGUGUGUUGAAUUUUUUGACAUAGGGUGCUGGCAGAUUACGGGCCUCCUAUAGCUGCUGCCAGGCCCCUAAUCUGCCAUGGGCCCCCUAUACCGCCUCCUCAUGCUGCUGCCAGGUCCAGAGUCUCUCAAUGGGUCCCUGUACGGCCUCCCAUUGCUGCUGUCUCCAUCGCCACACUCUGCCAUGUGCCACUUUCAGGUCUCCUCACACUGCUGGUGUGUUCCAUUUUGUCAUAGGGUUGCUGUAUGGCCUCCCAUUGCUGUUUCUUGCCUCCACCGCCCACACUGUGGCUCCAAACACAUGGUUUUGGCCCCGUGACUGCCCAAAUGUGUGAAGUGUGCGGUGAUUCUAAGAUCGACGGCACUCAUCUGCAUGUCAUACUGACUGACAGUAUUAUUUCUCUUCCCCAGCAGACUCCAAGGGCAUUUAAAUUAAAGGUACAGUGUUCUGCACUAAUAUUA